UCUUUUUUUAUUAUUAUUUUUUGUUUCUUGAAGAACUGAAUCUCGGUUCCCUUCUUUGUCAGGUUCCACAGAACCAGGAAAGUUUAGUUCAUUCCAGAUCAGCAGUUUUCAUUAAAGUAAAAAUGUCCGGUGUAUCUCUUGCUGUGGCUACUAGAAGUGAGCCUGAUCACCCCAUAGAAGCCGGGGAAAAACCUGAACACAAACUUCUUCGCCAGCAGCAGCAACAAUCAGUGGUGGGCGGUGUGAUGGGAUCAUUGCGUGUGAUUGAACUCCAACUAAUAGCUUUCAUUAUGGUUUUUUCAAUUAGUGGCCUUGUCCCACUCCUUGAUUUAGUCUUCCCAGCUUUUUCCUCCACUUAUAUUAUUGCCCUUUCACGCUUUGCCUUCCCAUCCCACGGUCGUGUAUCCACCACCUCGCAAGAGAUUUUCCAAGGCAGCAAACUCUUUAGGCUCUAUGUGAUUCUUGGAACUACCAUAGGGCUUUUUUGGCCACUGGCGUAUGUCUUGGGUGGCUUUGCUAGGGGUGAUAACCAUGCUGUUCGAUUGGCUACACCUCACUUGUUCUUGCUUUCAUUUCAAAUACCAACAGAAAAUGUGUUAAGUGGGCUGUCUUUAUUUUCACCACCGGUAAGGGCACUUGUCCCAUUACUAUAUACAGUCAGGAGGAUCUUUGUUAUCAUGGACUGGAUACAUGAUGUUUGGCUCAGCAAAACACUGCCUGCAAAUGCACAUUUGAAGGUGAUUCUUAACCCAAUAUUUCUUGUUUCAGGACAUAGCUUGGGAUUGGUUUGGGAAGGGCCUGGCAGCUGCAAACGUACUGUACUUCUCAAUCAAUCUCUUAUGCUUUUUGAUUCCUCGAUUCCUCCCUCGGGCAUUAGGGAGGUAUUUUAGGGAGAGGGAUGAGGUUCAUGGUAAGAUGUCAUAGGACAAGCUUUCUAUAGCAGCAGACAAAUCUCAAACAACAGAUAAGAAAGUUGAUUGACACUGCUCUCACGUGUUCUCUGCUGUCCACACCACUUAAAAUGGUUGCAGUGUGUAAAACGGUUAGUAUUAAAAAGCAAUAGCAUUUCUUUUUCUGAUGCACCGAAACAUUCGUCCUUUUUGUAGCCUUUUGACAAUGACAAUGUUCGAUUAAUUUCUAGCUUAUUUGUUCAUCUACCUGUGAUUUUCAAUGAAUCAUUCUUUUCACUUUGUAUGGUACCAAUAGUUAUGACAUAAUGGGAGAAGUCUUAGAUUUCAUUGUUUGAUGUUGUUGCCAUAGGACAGGCAUAUUCUAGGUCUGAUGGAAAAGCAAAAGACUUAUAUUUCGUAGCAAAGUUCUAUUAAUAGAAAACAGAAGUUGCAGCCUACGAUAAACAUAAGUACUGUAUAUGGAAUAAGAGUCCAUUGAAAUAUGAAACCUUCCAAUUGAGCAUAGAAGUUAUUAUCUGUUUCAGACCCCUUGACAGAGACAUGUCCAAGUUACCAUAUUAGCUACUUGGUGUUAAAGCAGAGCAAAAAAACAAAAAAAGAACAGGAAAAACAAAGGGAACUGAGAGUACUAAAGCAGGUUAUACAAAACAAGGAAAUGGGAGCUUGUUGAAAGAGGAAUUGCUUGCUUGUUGCUGUUGGUUUCUUAUCCUUUGCUUUCACUGGCUUUGCUUCAAAAUCCCAAUUUUGUGUAUGAUAUCCUUUUUCCUUUGGUUGGUGAGAAUCUCAUAAGCAAGCAAGAGGACAUAAUUGAAGGUUUAAAAUAUUUGUUUGUUUCAAGGUUUGAAUAGAAGAAAUUCAUGUAUUAAUUAAGAUUAAAUUUGAAUUUUAAACUUAUUGAA